UCAUUUUUUGUCCAACUUGAAAACUAAAAAAAUAUUUUAACAUCUAAAAAUUUCGAAACGAGACCACAGAAAAAUCCCGCUCAUGCUCGCUCACGCUCCUCCCUAUUUCAACUCACUCUCUUCAACCCAUUGAAGAUCAAAUCAUUCUCAAUUCCAUUCUCUAAAGCUUAAGGAUUGGCAAAUCAGUGGUGAAUUCUGGUUUAGAAUUAUGUAUAGAGCUUCUUCUUCUUCUAGGCAACCUGAUGUGAAGAAAGAAAUAAAUUCUACUAUGAAGAUUCGAGAUAGUAAUGUGAGAGUCACUAGAUCAAGAGCUAAGACUUUGGGAGUGUCAAUGUCUCCAUCAAAACCGGCUUUUAAACAGGAACCGAGGCGUGGUCCUAGACCGAGUAACAAACGAAUGGCAUCAGAUAAUACCAAAGUUUGUAGUCAUAAGAGACGCGCGGUGCUCAAAGAUGUGACUAAUACUUUGGCAGAAAGUAUAGUUUGUACACAUGGUAAUAUUAAGGCUACAAAGCGAGGUCGAAAAGAGAUUAAACAAAUAGCCGCAGAAGGUUUGGUAGAUGUAGAUGCCGAAAAAUCGAAACUAGCAGAAGACUUGUCAAAGAUUAGGAUGGUUGAAUCUGCUCAAAACUCUAAAGAUGGAGAAGUUACUAAGAAAAAAGAAGACGGAUCUGAUGUCACAGAUUGUCUUCAGGUUGUAGAUAUAGAUGCCAAUGUCCAAGAUCCUAAGUAUUGUAGCUUAUAUGCUGCAAGUAUAUAUGACAGCAUUCAUGUUGCAGAGCUUGAACAAAGACCUUCAACUAGCUAUAUGGUGCAAGUGCAGCGAGAUAUCGAUCCAACCAUGCGUGGUAUACUGAUUGAUUGGCUUGUAGAGGUUUCUGAAGAGUACAAGCUGGCUUCAGAUACACUUUACCUUACAGUGAAUCUAAUUGAUCGAUUCAUGUCUCAUAACUACAUUGAAAAGCAGAGGCUUCAGCUUCUUGGUGUCACUUGCAUGCUAAUAGCCUCAAAAUACGAAGAGAUUAUGGCACCGCGGUUGGAGGAGUUUUGCUUCAUUACAGACAAUACAUACACAAGACUAGAAGUACUAAGUAUGGAGGUUCAAGUUUUGAACUUUCUUCACUUUCGGUUAUCAGUUCCAACCACCAAAACGUUUCUCAGGCGAUUCAUUGUAGCAGCUCAAGCGUCCGACAAGGUUCCCCUCAUUGAGAUGGAGUUCUUAGCGAACUAUUUCGCGGAAUUAACUCUCGUGGAAUAUACUUUCCUAAGGUUCCAGCCGUCUCUAAUUGCCGCUUCAGCGGUUUUCUUAGCAAGAUGGACACUGGACCAAUCUAACCAUCCUUGGAACCCAACUCUGCAGCACUAUACAAGAUAUGAGGCAUCUGCUCUAAAAACUACAGUAAUUGCAAUGGAGGAUUUGCAGCUCAACACCAGUGGAAGCACCCUUAUUGCUAUAAGGACCAAAUAUAACCAACAAAAGUUCAAAAGUGUGGCAACACUAACAUCUCCUGAACGUGUCACUACACUCUUCUCAAGAUGAAACAGAUUUUUGGAUUCUCCUGAUAUGACCAAGUCAGCACAUCUCUUAGUUUGGCAUCAGGAGACCAAUCCUAGUUUCAGACAUCAUUUUUGGUCUCUACAGUUAUGGAAUAGUUUCUUUGUAAGUCAUCUGUCUAUUUUGUCUGUAACUGUUGUUUGGUGUCAGGUGCUUCCAAAGCAGUGGCCAUCUCAUGGAACAUCAUUGUAUAAAACCAAACACAAUUUUGACACAUCUCAUGAGAUUUGUCCUUUACAGUAAAUGUUACAUAAUUUUGUAGACUCUUUAAUAAAGCAAGUGUUCAUGAGCCAUCUCA